AUGACAAUGAUAGAAUUCGUGUUUUUUAUUGGUUGGUUAAAAGUUGCACAGACGCGGCUUAAUCCAUUCGGUGACGAUGAUGAUGACUUCGAAUGCAAUUAUCUUAUCGAUAAAAACCUUGCCACAAGUUUCUGCACUGCUGACAACUAUAAUCGUGUACCUGAAUUACAACCUGAUCUUUUCUGGCAAAACCACAACGUAUUUUCUACUUCUACGGAUACACCGUUAACUGGAUCAGCUGCAAAUUUAAAGUACGCUUUUUAA